AUGGCUGCUGGAACUAGGACUGCUAGAUCUUCUGCUCUAACUCGUAUUGUCUCCACACUGUCUGCUGGUCUUUGGCUGCUUCUCUUGACCAGCGUGGCCGAUAUGGACAAUCAGACAUGGUAUCUUCUAGGAAUAGGGCUUCUCGGCAGCGUCCAAAAUCUAGUCGCCAGCGCGGUCUCGCAAUCACCAUCUGCGCUGGGAUUCCAUCUCGAGUUGGCUGAGACCAUACGUGGAAAUUCCGUGUCCGAGGUCCUGAAAACUACUGAAAUUAAAUAUCCUUCUGUCGGCGCAUCGCUCAUGCCUAUCUUCUUCCCGAACGUCUCCAGCUCUAUGCGGGUUGCGCCUCCAGAUGUCCCGUUUUGGUAA